CCUGCAAAGAAAAUAUACAAGUGGUUAGUUAGCCUUUAGACUUUUUUGUGCUGAGAAUCUUCCUAACCAAACCCAAAACCAAAACCCUGUUGCCACCAACUUCUAUCCCCUCUUUUUUCAAAUCAUUUGUUUGGUUCCCACCCCAAAACAGUCCAGAUUAACCCCUCACAUCUUCUGGUUGGCACCUACUUAUACUCAUCAUAAUCAACACCACCAUUUCUCCACAUUAGUCUCCCAUGGCUCCCAAAAAAUCCAACACCUGGAAAGCUGUUCUAUUUGGUUGUUUCACAAACAAGACUGCUACUUUCGAUCCCCAGAUUCUGGUUCCUAAAACCGGUUUGUCACAGAGGUUAUCGAUAUCGGAUGUUAGCUCCUCGCUUUCGGUCAUCAAUGGUUUUUCAAGUUAUAUUAAUGGCUGGAACCUUCAUGAGUUCACCCUGGCUGAGCUAACCAGGAUCACCCAUGACUUUGCGGCCAGUAAUUAUCUUGGUGAAGGUGGGUUCGGACCGGUUCAUAAAGGGUUCAUAGAUGACAAGACCAAGCCAGGGUUAGAGGCUCAACCGGUUGCAGUCAAGUUAUUGGAUUUGGAUGGUGGUCAAGGUCACAAUGAAUGGCUGGCUGAAGUGACAUUUUUGGGGCAAUUGAGGCAUCCUCAUCUUGUAAAGUUGAUUGGUUACUGCUGUGAGAAGGAGAACAGGCUUCUUGUUUAUGAAUACAUGGCAAGGGGCAAUUUGGAAAGUCAACUAUUUAGAAGUAAUUUUCUUGCCCAGUGA